ACAGUUUAAAAAAGGGCAAUGCAAAUAACACAUCAUAUAGUGUUAAAAAGAAUGAUGUCCAUAAUAUACUGCACAAUAUGAAAAGAAACCCUAUGGAUAAUAGAAAAGGAAUGGAAUUGAUAAGCAGAUUACUACAAAACUGGCCAAGAGACAAACCAAAGGCCUUCAUAUAUUUCUUACUACAAGAUGAAGAAUCUAGAAUGGUUAAGUUCUGGAGAGCUUUAAGCUCAUUUGAUAAAUUCUUUAACUUGAAAUACAACUAUCCAAUAAUAAUUUUCCAUGAAAGGAAUUUUCGAGAGACAAUCAAAAGCAAAAUUCAAUCAAAAACAAAUUCACCGAUUAUUUUUCAACAAAUUGAAUUUGUGAUACCAAAUUUUAUAAUCCGUUCUAAGUUAGAGGCAAAAGUUUGUGGGGCAGGAAUUGGAUACAGACACAUGUGCAGAUUCCAUGCAAAACUUCUAGCCGAGCAUCAAUUGAUGCAAAACUUUGAUUACUAUUUACGCCUUGACGAUGAUUCUUUAAUUUUGAAGCCGAUAAGUUAUGACAUAUUUCGCCAUUUGAGAGACAAUAAAUACACAUAUGGGUACUUACUGACGACAAUGGAAAGCCCCAUUUGUGCAGGAGGACUCUGGGAAGGUACGCAAAGAUUUAUUCAGAAAAAAAAUAUUACGCCACAAUUUUAUCCUACAUGGCCAAAAUACAAAAUUUUUUAUAACAAUUUUGAGGUUUCCAGUACAAGCAUAUGGAGAACUGAUGCAUAUGCUAGUUAUAUAGAUUAUAUAGAUCGAAUGGGUGCCAUUUUCUAUGCUAGGUGGGGAGAUGCACCAAUAAAGACAUUAGGUCUUUCACUAUUUGUAUCUUGGAGACAAAUUAUUGAGAUGCCAAACAUUUCAUACAGACAUCAAAACAUGCAGACUCGAUGGUAAAAGUUCUGCGAAACCUUAACAAUUAAAGUUCUGUGAAACCGUAACAUUUGAAUUCCAAUAAACUCUGAAAAACUUGGCCUUAUUGGUCAUAUGAUGACAAUAAAGGUACAGUGAAACCUGUCGAAUUCAAUUGUUCCUUUAACCUAAUAUUAUUCACUAGUAUUUACAUAUGAGAUUUUUUAACAUAGGAAUCAAUGGACACUAAACAUGAAAAAAGAGUUCACAGUUCAACUGAGAAAUUAAAGUUCAGAAGUGUUUAAAAACACAGGUUUUACAGGACAUGUAGUUUACCUGUCUCAGCAUUCCAGACCAUGUUGUUUCUACCAUUGCCAUUGUAGCCUACAAUUGAGUUAAGCCUCAAUGCAGUCUGGUUGGGUGGAGCAGUGUACCUUCUCUGUAAUACAAUGAUG